CGGUCCUGUGCCCCCUCUCUCUCUCCCUGUCUCUCUGACUUUCCUCCUGCUCUCACGUGUUUUCUGUGUAUAAAAGAGUUUCAGCCUCUGCUCAUCAUGUCCAGUGUGUCACCAGACAAACGGAGGAAGAUGGAGUCGGCCUUGAACCAGCUGAAGAAGCACACCGUGGUGGUGGCAGACACGGGCGACUUUAACGCCAUUGAAGAGUACAAGCCUCAAGAUGCCACCACUAACCCGUCCCUUAUCCUGGCUGCUGCUAAGAUGCCAGCUUACCAGCACCUGGUGGACCAGGCCAUUAAAUACGGCAUCGCGAAAGGCGGAACUGAAGAGGAGCAGGUAGCCAACACCAUGGACAAGCUUUUUGUAAGUUUUGGUCUGGAGAUCCUUAAGAAGGUCCCAGGGAGAGUCUCUACUGAGGUGGAUGCCAGGCUGUCUUUCGAUAAAGAAGAAAUGGUUGCGAGAGCCCUGAAACUCAUCGCUCUGUAUGAGGAGGCCGGUAUCAGCAAGGAGCGUGUUCUCAUCAAACUGUCGUCCACAUGGGAGGGAAUCCAGGCUGGCAAGGAGCUCGAGGAAAAGCACGGCAUUCACUGCAACAUGACGCUGCUGUUCUCCUUCGCUCAGGCUGUAGCCUGUGCCGAAGCCAAGGUCACCCUUAUAUCGCCCUUCGUCGGACGCAUCCUCGACUGGUACAAGGAGAAUACGGACCGCAAAAGCUACGAGGCCCACGAAGACCCAGGUGUGCUGAGUGUGACCAAGAUUUACAACUACUACAAGAAGUACGGCUACAGCACCGUUGUGAUGGGCGCCUCCUUCAGAAACACGGGGGAAGUUAAAGCCUUAGCCGGCUGUGACCUGCUCACCAUCUCCCCUGGUCUGCUGGCAGAGCUCAGCCAGGAUCACAGCACCGUGUCAGAGAUGCUCAGUGUGGAGAAAGCGAAGGCCUGUGAUCUGGAGAAGAUCCACCUGAACGAGAAAGAUUUCCGCUGGGAGCACAACGAGGACCGCAUGGCCGUGGAGAAACUGUCUGACGGCAUCCGCAAGUUCGCUGCCGAUGCCAUCAAGCUGGAGACCAUGAUCAAGGAGAAAAUGCUCAACGUAAAAAAUGGCCAGUAAGGACAGACUCGUGGUCUCCAGACUCAUUGACGGGUCGUAUCAGGAGACGGGAGGCUGCCUUCUUUGUCCCCAGCUACCUAAGAAAUUGUCUCAAGCUCCUUAAGACCAUCCUCUGAGCAUCUGACCAAACUCCUGGAACCUUCCUCCUGGAAGGACUCCGCUCCUCUUCCUCUCUUAGGCUGGGACCGUUUUCUGACCAAACAUAGAUGAUGAUGAUUAAUUCUUCUUCUGUGGGUGUGGGUUGUUAUAUAUAAAAAAAAAAGGUGUAAUAUUUAACAGAAGUAUAACCAGAAUGGAAAAAAAAUAAAAUAAAGUACUUUAAAUAAUCCUUAAUACGAAUAAUAUCAUUCCACUACAACAAAGGACACUUUUUGGCAGGAAAGGACCGCAAUUUUGCUAUCGAAUUUUCACCCUGAACCAUGGUUUAAGAAAGACAAUUGUACCACCAUUCCUCAAGAUUGUGUUUUGCUUUUUCAAUAAAGAAGUGUCUCAAUCUUCA